AUGGUACAAGGGAAAAUUCCAGUUGUUAAAGAUGUAACCUCGGAAAGUUAUUGUCCUAAUGGAAAACUUGUUGUCCUUUGGGUUGACGAAUGCCUUAUACGUUACUCAGAUCAACCUUUAUUUGGUACAUAUUGUUUUUUAAAUACACAAAAUGUUAGUGAACCACAAAGGUUCUUAUCAGUUCUUGGAAAUGCGAUCAAUGAAUUAGUAGCAAGUGUGGCUGCAAAUGAGAAUAAUCGAUCGGGGAAAAUAUAUGCUUCGAAAGAAGCAAAUUUUCCGUCACUCGAAAGAGUUUAUACCUUUGCACAAUGCAUACCUAAUGUGUCUGUUUCUUCAUCUGAGAAUUGCCUGAGGACUGCUAUGGGAAGAGAGGCGGGAGAGUUUUGCUUCCGAGUUGUAACGUUAGAUAAAGUGGGAAUUGCAUCUGGUGUAAUUGUUGACAUAGUUGUUCCAAUUGCUGUCUCGAUUAUACUCUUCAUAUUCGGUUUCUGUUGGAUAAGAAGUAGAACAUCGCGAGAAUUCAUUAUUGUAGAAGAGAUUACAGAAAGUAAACAAGACUUUUUAAAUAGACAUUUUCCUUUUUGCUUGUGCAUAGAUGAAGAUGAAAUUUCAGCUGUUGAAUACUUGCAAUAUAACUUGAACACUAUUCGAGUUGCCACGACUAACUUCUCAAUCGACAAGAAAAUUGUUGAAAUAGGAUUUGGAGUGGUGUACAAGGGUAAACUUCUCGAUGGACAAGAGAUAGCUGUGAAGAGGCUAUCAAGAAGCUCGGGGCAAGGCAUAGAAGAAUUUCAACAUAGAAAUUUACUGAGGCUAUUGGGAUAUUGCUUGGAAGGAGAUGAAAAGAUACUCGUCUAUGAAUUCGUCCCCAAUAAAAGCCUCGAUUAUUUCUUAUUCGAUCUUGAAAAGCAGCAGCUACUAGAUUGGUUUAGACGUUACAAGAUUAUAGUAGGGAUUGUGUGUGGACUACUUUACCUACAUGAGGAUUCUCGUUUAAGAAUUAUACAUCGCGAUCUCAAAGCAAGCAAUAUACUGUUAGAUGCAGAAAUGAACCCGAAAAUAUCAGAUUUUGGAAUGGCAAGAAUAUUUGGAAUUGAUCAAAGCGAAGAAGUAACAAGUAGGAUUGUUGGGACAUAUGGUUACAUGUCACCGGAGUAUGCAAUGCAGGGGCAAUACUCUGUUAAAUCAGAUGUUUUUAGCUUCGGUGUUCUGCUUUUGGAGAUCACAAGUGGAAAAAAGAAUAGCGCGUUUUACCAAUUAGAUGGAGGUGAAGAAGAUCUUCUUAGCUAUGUUUGGAAGAAUUGGAGAGAAGCUACGCCAUUGAACAUAAUGGAUCCAACAUUCGCGGAAUCAUACUCAAGAAAUGAAGUGAUACAAUGUAUACACAUUGGAUUGUUGUGUGUACAAGAGGAUGUUAAUGAAAGACCUACAAUGGACUCAGCGGUGCUCAUGCUUAAUGGUGUAAAAUAUCUUAUAAUACAUGUUAUUGAAAAUCUAUAUUCCGUCUAUAUAGGUGAAUAAAU